CAGUCACCCACUCCAUCUGCUUCUCGUCUGCGUCGAGGAGAGAAAGGAAAUGGAGGAGGAGAAGGCCGCCGCUUACUACGACGAACUCAGCCGCAAGGGCGAGGGCGCUGCCCGAUUCAAGCAAGGUCUGGGCUUCUCUUCCGCCUCUGCCAGCGACGAACCCUUCGCCUCCAAGCCCAAGAGGCCCUCCUCUCUCUUCUCCGCCUUCGUCCGCGCCUCCAGCCCUAGCGCGACAUCGCUCGACGAGCCGCGCCGCAAGCAAGCGCAGCUCGAAGUCAUACAGAAAAAGCUCAGGAAGGAGCAAAUCCGCCGAUCCUCUUCCCCUUCGCAUGACCGGCAUCGCCGCCGCCACUCCCGUUCUCCUUCCGCUGACCGACGUCCGCACCGCCACUCCCUGUCCCGUUCUCCAGACCGCAAUCGGAGACGCCGUAGUAGUAGGGACCGAGAAGACCACCGCUCCGAUGAACGGAGGCGUCGUUCACGUAGUCGGGAGAGGCGACGAGAAUCCGACUGCCCUCGCCGUUCUCGAGAUCGAGAGGAGGAUUAUUCCCAUUCCAGAAGUAGACGGUCGCCUUCCAGGGAUUCCCGCGCUGGGGAUCGUGAACGUAGAGGGCGUCGUGAGGAGGAGACAGGGGGCGGCAAGCACAGAAGCUCCAAGAAGGAGAACGGUGGCAGUGGUGUUGAUUACUCUCAGCUUAUAAAGGGUUACUCACAGAUGACACCAGCUGAAAGAGUUAAAGCAAAGAUGAAGCUUCAGCUUUCUGAAACUGUUGCUAAGGAUACAGAUAAGGGCAGUGGAUGGGAAAGGUUUGAUUUCAACAAGGAUGCACCACUCGAGGAAGACGAUAAUGAAAUUGAAGUUGCAGACGACGAUGCUUCACUUGUCAAGGAUAUUGGAAAAAGUUUCAGAUUUUCUGCUGUCGAGACCAAACGGGAAGAAGAAAUCAAAACCGCUCAUGAUAACGCUAUGUUCGGAGCACCAGCCACUUUAAUUCAAGAAACGAAAUCUGCUGAUGACAAUAUCAGAUCAAGUGCUCCUGAAACCGACAUUGACAUCGACGACGGAACUGUUCUUUUAAGUGACAAGGUGAUUGCGAUGCAGCAAAGCUCCUGGCGAGAUAGAGCUCGCAGAUUCCGUAACGACUCGGAAACUUAGCUGAUGUUGAUCUUUUAUCAAGCGUAGUGUUUUCUCAAGAUUGUGGCUCUAGGACGUUUGGUCACUAUUAUUUCGGAAUAAUUCUUAAGAAUAUUACAUUGAAAAUGUCAGAAUAUUGUACUUGAUUUACUUUUUUUUUUUAAAUAAAAAAAAGAGAAAAUCUAAGGUCGA